AUUUAUGGUUAUCGCCUAAGUUAAAUGCUAAAAGUUAGAUUUGAUCAAAAACAUGGAUUUGGAACACUACUGAUAUGUCAACUGUCAAACGUAACUGGACGAUUCCUUUUCUUUUGUCAAAAUAGGCGGAAGGUAGUGCUUCAAGAUGUUGAUGCCUAAACAGAAUCGUGUGUCGAUCUAUGAAUACCUCUUUAAAGAGGGUGUCAUGGUAGCUAAGAAGGACUACCAUGCGCCCAAACAUCCCGAUCUGGAGAAGAUUCCUAACCUCCAAGUUAUUAAGGCUAUGCAGUCACUGAAAUCCAGAGGAUACGUCAAGGAACAGUUUGCGUGGAGGCAUUUCUACUGGUACCUUACCAACGAGGGUAUUGAGUACCUAAGGAUCUUCUUGCACCUGCCCCCUGAAAUCGUGCCCGCGACCCUCAAGCGCUCUGUGCGCGCCGAGACAGUCCGCCGCGGCGCCGUGGGCCGCCCCGACGCGCCCGCUCGCUCUGCCGAGGACCGCUCCACGUACCGCAGGGCUCCCACCACACCAGCUGCCCACGACAAGAAGGCUGAUGUUGGCCCUGGUUCAGCUGAUCUUGAAUUCAGAGGAGGUUUUGGACGUGGCAGGCCUGCACCUUAAUUAAGUAUAAUAAAAUAACAUUCUAAA